GGCAUGACGUCAGGCCCGAGCAAACGCCACAGCUCGGCCAUCUUGUGACGCGAGGGGAGGGUCCGUCUGCCUCUGUCUUACCUCAGUGUCCAAGCCGCUGCAGGUCCCUUAACUGUGCUAGAUUGCCCCGUAGGACGCCCCCACACAGAAGAUGUCCACGAUGAAUCCUGAGUAUGACUACCUUUUCAAACUCCUGCUCAUUGGAGACAGUGGUGUUGGGAAAUCAUGUCUGCUCUUAAGAUUCGCUGAUGACACGUAUACAGAAUCGUACAUCAGUACCAUAGGCGUUGAUUUUAAAAUUCGUACAAUUGAAUUAGAUGGUAAGACAAUCAAGCUACAGAUCUGGGACACGGCUGGGCAGGAACGCUUCCGUACUAUCACCUCCUCCUACUACCGCGGCGCCCAUGGCAUUAUUGUAGUUUAUGACACCACCGACCAGGAAUCCUUCAACAACGUGAAGCAGUGGCUGCAGGAGAUUGACAGGUAUGCCUGUGAGAAUGUGAACAAACUCCUGGUGGGCAACAAGUGUGAUCUCACCCACAAGAAGGUUGUAGACUACCAGACUGCCAAGGAAUAUGCUGACUCUUUGGGCAUCCCCUUCCUGGAGACCUCUGCUAAGAAUGCCACCAAUGUAGAACAGGCUUUCAUGACAAUGGCUGCUGAGAUUAAGAACCGCAUGGGACCUCCCUCAGGACAUCAAGGAACUUCUCCGAGCCUCAACGUGCAUAAAAGCACCCCAGUGGAGACCCAGCCUGGUGGAGGGUGCUGCUGAACACAAACUUAGGAUAACAUCAAAGCUUGGCAGAUCCAGGAGACCAGGACACCAUCAGAGGGCACAGUGUUGCUGCCUCCCCACCAGCAGGACUCCACCGUGACCCUCAGGAAGUCCCACACAGGCGGCAAACAUCAGCAACAGCAGCUUUGAGUUCUGGUUUCCUGGAUCACUGUUGCCUGGUGACCAUUUGGCACCAGGACUUGGGUGCAAAUGGUGUUAUUUUGUCAUGCCAGACUGUACUGAACACCGAGGGGCAGGAGUCCAUCUGUCCGCCCUGUUGACGUACAUUGGCGAGGUGAGAUUGAGGGUGAGAUGAGACCAUUUACUUUAUUAUUUGAUCUGUGUAAGAUAGCAAAUUAUUAUUUCUUGGUAAGUUUCUCUUCAAAGGCUCUGUGAAAGUUGUGAAAUUUCCUCUCCUGUGUUUCAUUAAUGCUAGAUGGUGACGACUUGCAAUUUGAGGUCAGUGGAAGCAGGUAGAUAGCUGUUACUAGUGAAUUUUUUUUUUAUAUAUAUUUAUUUUAGGGAUUAGGGAUGUUUAUUGGGAGAAGAAGUGUGCAAUGCUAACGACCAGCUUCCUACGUGCUCAUACUUUUGUUUGAUUAUAUAUAAUAUAUAUAUAUUGGGUGAGUUGAUAACUUUUGUAAGUUCUUGCAGUUAUUAUUAUAUUCUGAUAAGUAAAUAACAGAAAGUUAAAGUUACUGAAUUAUUGAAGCUUUUUUAGUCAUGCUAUUAUAUAAAGUCAUUGAAAGUUUGUGAUUGGCCUUUUUCUAGGAUAAAUAUAUAUAGCAAACUAUUACUAUUUUGUUAUAGCUAGACCUUUCCCACAAGCAUGAUAGGGUACUCACAGCACUUGAUUUGUAUUAUGAAAGAACAAUAGUUAUUGAUUCUUGAACAGUGGUACUAUCUCAUACUAAACAACCUAUUGUUUUUGGCAAUUUCCUGUCCAAUUAAUGUGCAUACUGUCCUCGCUGCUCAGCUCAGUGGCUGGAGCAAGCUGUCGCCAGAAUUUAUUGAGAUUUAUAUAAUGGCUUAUGUGUUAUGUGGAGGGAAGGGAAGUGAGGGUGUGAAGUCCGUGAUAUCAGGGCUGUGUACACAUUACCUGGACUGUAUAGUAAAAGGAAGAUGUCCAUUCCAUCUCUUUUCUAUUGAUCAAACCCUAAACCUUGUACAUGGAUGAAUGUUUCACAGUAAACUCUAAAGACUAA